UUUUGUGGGGUCGCCAUCUUCCAAUUGAGAUAGCGAUCACUAUUCCAAGGCCGAGGUAACAUGCCGAUUCUAGUCGGCUACUCUGCUUACCUUCUGUGUUCCAGUCCGGUGGUACGAUAGAUGGCGUUUAGCUCGUUUGACACCGGGUCUUUGCAGGCUUAUGCCGUGCCACCAACGGAGAAAAGAGGCGAUAGCGACCAAAACUUUAAGUGGGUAGUGAAUAUGAGACAACCAUGGCAUACCGCCUCUAUAUAAUGCUGCUGGUGCGCGCGUUGGUCACUGUGUCCCCUCCUCUCGGCGUCCCACCACCCCUGUCUGCUCCCGGAAUUCACGCCUAGGAGCGAGAAAUUCAAUCAUGUCAUUUUCAAACAGUGAAAAGAUUAUCAGUGAAGAUUCUAGGAUUGAAGAUAUUAAUCAGCCUGCCUUAAAUGAUGUCGACUACGAUGAGGAAUACUCAUACGAGGAGCAGCGCAAGAUCAUCCACCGGGUGGAUAGACGUCUCGUCACCAUGACAGGCCUAGCAUAUUGUGUGUCUCUCAUGGACAGGACAAAUCUCAGUAUGGCCGCUGUUGCGGGCAUGACCAAAGAGCUGGGAUUGACCGUCGGUACCCGAUACUCCAUCAUUGUUCUCAUCUUCUUCGUCCCCUAUGUGAUCUUCCAGCCGCCAAUGACAGUCAUAACACGAAAAGUAGGGCCCACCUACUUCCUGGGGUCCAUUGUCAUUCUCUGGGGAGCAAUUCUUGUCGGAAUGGGGUUUACAAAGAAUUGGACGCACAUGGUCGCGACACGUGCAAUCCUGGGCCUUCUUGAAGCAGGAUACUUCCCUGGUUGUGUCUAUCUUUUGUCUAGCUGGUAUACUCGGUUUGACGUACAAAAGCGUUUCUCGGUCUUCUACCUGAUCGGUUGCGUAGCAUCAGCAUUGGCCGGUAUCCUUGCUUUUGGGCUAAUGCAGAUGAAAGGGCUCCAGGGCCUGGGAGGCUGGAGAUGGAUUUUUAUCAUGGAAGGAGUGAUCACAGGAGCAAUUGGCAUCCUGACCAUCAUUUUCCUGGUUGACUUCCCCGAUAGGGCAUACAAGUCUUGGAGGUUCCUUAGUGAGAAGGAAUGCGCUUUCAUUGUCCGCCGAAUUAACCGCGAUCGUUCCGAUGGAGACGAGGAGCCAUUCUCCAUUAAGCGCUUUCUGUUACCUGCUCUGGACCUGAAGAUCUGGGGCUUUGCUAUGAUCUUUUUCUGUACUACGACUGUUACUUACGCAAUCGCAUAUUUCCUCCCUAUCAUUCUCGAACAUGGUAUGGGUUUCAGCACCGGUGCCGCACAAUGCCUAGUUGCACCACCCUUUGCGAUGGCCGGCAUUGUCAUGUACGCAACAGCCUGGGUUGGUGACAAAUAUCGUGUCCGAGGAGUAAUCGUGGUCUUCAACUCUUUGCUCUGCAUCAUUGGACUCCCUAUUAUGGGGUUUGCGAAAGGUAACGCUGCGCGAUACGUGGGCGUGUUCUUCGCCGUGGCCGGUGCCAACUCCAACAUCCCGGCUUGUAUGGCGUAUCAAGCGAACAAUGUUCGCGGCCAAUGGACCCGCGCCUUUUCUAGCGCUACAUUGGUCGGAUUUGGUGGGAUCGGAGGAAUCGUGAGCAGUUUGGUCUUUAGAUCCCAGGAUGCACCUGGCUACCGACCGGGCAUGUGGACUACUAUUGCAUGCAACCUCCUCAUUUUAGUCAUUGUGGCAGCUCUAAGCUUCUGGUUCCGCCUGUCCAAUCAACAAGCAGACCGUGGGAAGCGUGUCAUUGAGGGGUCCCCGGACUUUCGGUAUACCUUGUGAUUUUUUCUUUAUGAUCUCCAUACGCACGUGGGAAGUAAUGUACCUAGCCGGUGGGUUAUAUCUAGAGGUACUGAGUGACGUUGACCGUUCUAUGUCUAGCACCUUGAGAUAUGAAAUUUGUUGCAUAAAGUAAACCCCUUAUAUAAUCCAAAUGCUGACAGACCCUACACAAGGUGUACCAACUCCAUGUAAUCGCCCGGAU